AUGGCGUGUACGAGCAGCCUCACCAUCGAGAAGGCAUUCGAUAAGCUAAAGGGGUCUCUUUCAUCACAAGACGCGCAGGAUUUCCUUAAUACCACUUUAAAAGAUGUCUGGUCUGCGGCUGUCGUGAUCGAACAAGAUCAGGCAGCACGCAAAGCUAUGAAGAAUGUCCGGAGGAUACAGCCAUUCCUAAAUACGAUGGAAAGCUAUUCGAGGGUUAUCGAGGUUUUCUGCCAGGGCUACCCUCCAAUGGCGUUUGUCUGGGGCCCUAUGAAACUCAUGCUUCAGCUCUCUAGCCAGUAUAUCCACGUAUUCGACAAACUGCUCGAUACUUAUCGGGACAUCGCAAAUGUUGUUCCUCGGAUUGACAGGCUUCGGGCGAUAUUCGGCGACAGUGAUGACUUCCGAAGAUCCUUGAGCUUGGUCUAUGUCGAUAUUCUCGACUUCCACCAAAGAGCCUACAAAAUCUUCCGUCGACGAUCUUGGCAUCUCAUGUUCGCCGUCAGCUGGGGCAUGUUCGAAUAUCGCAUUCAAGCCAUUAUGAACAGCUUGGAGAAAAACACAGACAACGUUGACAAAGAGGCUGCUGCUCUCCAUUUUGAGCAUAUGAAAGAGGCUCGGGAGAGGGCGGAGCGUGAUGCUAAUGACUACGAACGGAGGAGGCAGAAUGCAAUGGUUCAUGAGGUUCUCGGAUGGCUCUCGGCUGACGAGGACAGGCAGGAUGAAACACUACAGCGACUCAGCGACUCGCGCCAACCUGAAACUUGUGAUUGGAUUAAAUCGAAGCCUAAGUUCCAGACGUGGUGUGGCGGGGACGCUGAUUCAAGGUUGAUAUGGUUGCAGGGCAAACCUGGUUCAGGCAAGACAAUUCUUAGCUCCUUCAUAAUCGAGCAUCUCAAAUGCAAGGAGCAGCAGGUUACCGUAUCAUAUUACUUUUGCAACCACAGAAUGGUUGACAGGGAUACGAUGAGCAACAUUCUGUGCACCUCUGCAGUGCAGAUUCUACGCCAGCACCCAGAGAUUGUGCCUGUUGUGCACAGUGAAUACUAUGAAAAAUGGUCUGGGAAAGCUUCUAGGACAAUGAAGAAAAUGUUGAAAGACAUUUUGGCAGGAGUUUCCUGUGCCCGAAUUGUUAUAGACGGUUUGGACGAGUGUGCCCCGGAAGUUCAGAAAGAACUUCCCAAGGUGCUCGCCGACAUUCAUGAAACGGUUGGGAAGUCGUUCAAGAUCUUGAUAUGCAGUAGGCUUGUGGCUGAUCCGAAAGCUAUGAUCCUGCUACGAGGUGAAACAGAGAACGCUAUCAAGCUCUAUGUGAAGAACGAGGUCAGGAAACUAUGCAACGAUAUCGAAUUUGUGCCCGACGAGGAUGCUAAGUGGAUUGAGAACAGGCUGGCCUCGAAAGCCGAUGAUACGAUCGCAUCUUAA